GUACGAAUCAGUCUAACAAAACAAGGACAAGAGCAAAGGGCACACAAGUUCAAUCGACAUGGCUAAUCCUAAGAAUUGGUCAUCUCUUCUUAUGUUAGUCUUGACCUUGUAUGCCAUUGCUGCUCAUUCAAGUGCCCAGAACACCUACUCUCCACCAUCACCACCACCAUAUGUGUAUACCUCUCCACCAUAUGUUUACAAAUCUCCACCACCUCCUCCAUACGUCUAUAGCUCUCCACCAGCUCCUCCUUACGUGUACAGCUCCCCACCACCUCCUCCAUAUGUUUACAAGUCGCCACCACCUCCUCCAUACGUCUAUAGCUCUCCACCACCUCCUCCCUACAUUUACAAGUCGCCACCACCACCUCCUUACGUGUACAGCUCCCCACCACCUCCUCCAUAUGUUUACAAGUCACCACCACCUCCUCCCUAUGUUUACAACUCUCCACCACCUCCUCCAUAUGUUUACAAGUCACCACCACCUCCACCAUACGUAUAUAGCUCUCCACCACCUCCUCCCUAUGUUUACAAAUCUCCCCCUCCUCCUCCAUAUGUUUACAAGUCACCACCACCUCCUCCAUACGUCUAUAGCUCUCCACCACCUCCUCCCUAUGUUUACAAAUCUCCACCUCCUCCUCCAUACGUCUAUAGCUCUCCCCCACCUCCUCCAUAUGUUUACAAGUCACCACCACCUCCUCCAUACGUCUAUAGCUCUCCACCACCUCCUCCAUACGUUUACAAGUCGCCACCACCUCCUCCUUAUGUGUACAGCUCUCCACCACCUCCACCAUACGUGUACAAGUCACCACCACCUCCCCCAUAUGUCUAUAGCUCUCCACCACCUCCUCCCUAUGUUUACAAAUCGCCACCACCUCCUCCUUACAUCUACAGCUCUCCGACACCUCCUCCAUACGUAUACAAGUCGCCACCACCACCUCCUUACGUUUAUAGCUCUCCGCCACCUCCUCCAUAUGUUUACAAGUCGCCACCACCUUCUCCCUACGUUUACAAAUCUUCGCCACCUCCUCCAUAUGUUUACAAAUCGUCACCACCACCAAGCUAUAGCUAUAGCUCUCCCCCUCCUCCAUUGUACUAAAUAAACACAUACAUGGUAAACUGAGUUUCAAAAGAAAAAUGUGUUCGCUAUAAUUGAUCUGCCAUAUCGUAUUCAUGGAAUAAAAACUUUAUCUUUCUAUCGUAUCUUAUAUGUAUAAGAAAUGUAGUUUCUUUUGUUUGUACUCAGGUGCAUUCUCGUUGUUCGAUUUCUGCUUAUGAUCUUGGUAUACUUUUUUAACAUGAACGGUGUUCUUGUCGUCUAUUUAUAAUUGAAUAAAUUACAAAGAUUAAGAAAUAUGUAUAUGAGAGACGGAAAUGAAGUAUAGAAUGUUAAUUUCUCC